AUGUACCCGGUGUUUGCCUUGACUUCCCUUAUAGCACUGUAUGUGCCACGUUCCUCCUCGCUGUGCAAUUUCAUUGCUUCACUGUAUCACUCCAUCACCUUGCUGAAAUUCAUGGGACUCAUCACGGACUUCUUUGGAGGUAAAGCUCGUAUGCUGGUGGUUCUGUCUGGACAGCAGGUAUCUCCAGAUCCCUUCCCCUGUUGCUGCUGCUGCUGUCUCCCAAUGGUGGCCAUCAACAGCAGCAGCUGUGCUUGGAUGAUGGCUGCUGUGCUUCAGCUCUCGGUUGUCCGCAGCAUCUUAUUCUUUGUUACUUUGGUCCUGUGGACAGAUGAACAGUACGACUAUGGUGAUGUGGAUUCAGUCAACCCCAACCUGUAUGUGAACGCAAUCAUAGGUGUGUCAACCUUUGUGUCCUUUUAUGGCCACCUCCUAUUUUACAAAGCCACACAGGGUGCUUUACAUGGCCAUGGACUGAGACCCAAAUUUAUCUGCAUCAUUGUGGUGUUGGUGCUGUGUGGCCUGCAGAGUGGCAUCUUGGAGACCAUGGGUGCUCUAGCGGUUAUCCCCUGCACACCGCCAUUCUCUGUCCUAUCCAGAUCCCAGUUGAUCUAUCACUACAGUGUAAUUGUGGAGAUGUUCUGCAUUGGCCUGUAUGCACGUCACACUUUCCGUAAGGUGGAACCCAGCGAGGUGGAGGGGCCUGUCAAUGUCUCGAAGAUGGAAACAGCUGUUCAAACAGAUGAUGUUCAGAUUACACAUCACAAGCCCAGCCUGCUUUCAGAGGAUGCUUUGCACUGCCCCAUCAGUGCCUUCAAUCCCGGUUACACCAGUGACAGUGAGGACAGCCUGUGCAGGAUCGAACAUGCUCCUCUAGAUGGUUUCAACUUCCCUCAGGCCAAAGGUCAGCAUCGAAGCAAGCCAGAACCAGUACAGUCCAAGUCUGCUGAAAAGCCUGGUGUAGAAAUUAGCCAUAUCACCGUCAAGGCUGACAUUAUAUAUGAUGAUUCUAAGGAUGUCACUGUGGUCUGACCAAUGGAAGACAUUUAACAAAAGGCUAAACUUAGUCAGUGAGAAUGCCGGUUUGGUCUGUGUGAGAUCUUGUCUGGAGAACUGCAUAUCCUCUGCUUUGAUAAACUGGGCAAACACUGACACAUGUACUUGCAUAACAUAUGGGAGCUGUGCACUGGCAUAAUUCUCCUUCUGCACAUAGUACAGAUUUACCAAAUUUUUUAAAAAAUCCAGAGACAUGUAUUUGUCAUGUAUUCAUAA